GUGGGCGCCGCUUCGGCCGGAGCUCGGUGCUUGUGGGGAGACGGGGCCGCGGCGGCGCGGGUGCUCCGGGCCGAGGGCCGCUGGGGCGUGCGGCGAGAGGAGCGCGGCGGCCGCGGCGGGGUGGGCGCGGCCGGGGUCCGAGCCGCCGCGCCUGUUGAGAGCGAGGAGGCGUCCGCGCGUCUGCGGAGGGGCCGGUGGGCGCUGUGUAAUGUUCAAGCUCAGAAAUGCCUUAUGUGGAUCGUCAGAACCGCAUUUGUGGCUUCCUAGACAUUGAAGAGAAUGAGAACAGUGGGAAAUUUCUGCGGAGGUACUUCAUACUGGACACCAGAGAAGACAGCUUGGUGUGGUACAUGGAUAAUCCGCAGAAUCUACCUUCUGGAUCUUCACGUGUUGGAGCCAUUAAACUUACCUACAUUUCAAAGGUUAGCGAUGCAACUAAGCUAAGACCAAAGGCUGAGUUCUGUUUUGUUAUGAAUGCAAGGAUGAGAAAAUACUUUCUACAAGCCAAUGAUCAGCAGGACCUAGUAGAAUGGGUAAAUGUGCUGAACAAAGCUAUAAAAAUCACAGUGCCUAAGCAGUCGGACUCACAGCCUCAUUCGGACAACCUGAGUCGCCAGGGCGAAUGUGGGAAGAAGCAGGUGUCUUACAGAACCGACAUUGUUGGAGGUGUGCCUAUCAUCACUCCAACUCAGAAAGAAGAAGUGCCCGAAUGCGGUGAAAGCGUGGACAGGAAUAAUUUGAAACGGUCCCAAAGCCAUCUUCCUUACUUCCCUCCUAAGCCGCCUUCAGACAGCACAGUCAUCAAAGCUGGGUAUUGUGUCAAACAAGGGGCAGUGAUGAGAAACUGGAAGAGAAGAUAUUUUCAGUUGGAUGAGAACACAAUAGGCUACUUCAAAUCUGAACUGGAAAAGGAGCCCCUGCGGGUAAUCCCACUGAAGGAGGUGCAUAAAGUACAGGAGUGCAAGCAGAGUGACAUAAUGAUGAGAGAUAACCUCUUUGAAAUUGUAACGUCGUCUCGAACUUUCUACGUGCAGGCCGACAGCCCUGAGGAGAUGCACAGCUGGAUCAAGGCCGUCUCCGGCGCCAUCGUGGCCCAGCGGGGACCUGGCCGGUCGGCAUCUUCCAUGCGGCAGGCCAGAAGGCUGUCGAACCCUUGUAUACAGAGGCAUACCUCAGGAGCUGGUGACUGCGGCACGUACGUGGGCUCUCACGCACACGUGCCUUCUCUCACUAGAGGGCCGGACUUACUCCUUACCACUGGGCGUAGAAAGAGCAUUCUACCUGCCCUUCCGAGUCCAAACGCGCUCUCCGCCCUGCCGGCCCCGCCGCCGCCCCACAUUCCACAGCCUCUCGAAGCAGCUCUUCGGUCUCAAGCCUUACCCUGGAGAAGCGAGGAUUUUAUGAAUCUCUUUCCAAGGUCAAGCCAGGGAACUUCAAGGUCCAGACUGUCUCUGCAAGAGAACCAGCUUCCAAAGUGACUGAGCAAACUCUGCUGAAGCCUCACAGUCGAAACGGCCCUCAGGAAAAGGAUUGUGACCCCGUAGACUUGGAUGACGCCAGCCUUCCGGUCAGCGACGUGUGAGCUGGCAGUGGGCACGCGGAGCCCAGCCCUCCCCCAAGACCCCCUCAGUUUCCUCCCACGAAACUUGUAGCCAAAGAUGAUAAUUGGGCGGCGAAAUGGUUUUCAUGCAUAUAUUUUACUGCCUCUUAGAUGUUCUUUUUAUAAGCUGGUAAGCCAAGAAUCUAAGGAGUGGCCAAAUGAAAUGUAGUUUCUUCAAAAGAAAAGAAAAUGAAAGAGAGGAAGAAAGAAAGAAUGAACCUGUCUCUGUAUCAACUCUCUGAAGCUAUGUCUGCUUUCAUUCGGGUGAUGAAAGGGUGUAUUUGAUAUAUAUUUUUCCCCCAGUGAAUCUGAUAAUUUAAAUGUUGAACCACUUGAAACAUGAAAAUACUUACUUUAAAAAUGCUAACUCUGAUGACCUGUUAGAUGUUCGAUACUUAGACUUUCUUACCGGCUAAUAUUACACAAUGAAAUAUUGCCAGACUGACGUCUACACUCGUGAUGUGUGUGGUGCUGUACAGUUCACACUCCAACGUGGACGGUUGUGAGAUGAUAACCAUCUUUGGUACCCUGGAGCGCAAGGUGACUGGUAAAGUUUGGAUGGAAGAGAGUGGGUGUUUGGUGAAAGUUGUACGUGUACUGGGGUAGAGAAAAGGGGAAAUUCGAAUUCAAAAACGACUGUAUCUUGGAUGUUUAUCUGAAAACGUCCAAUCAGAAUUUGCAGCAGUCACCACUCCAUCAGUGAAAAUAAUUUCCUAUGAAAUUUCUGAGAGGUGAUUUUUCUUAUCAAAUUUUAUAAAAAAAAAAAAAAGUCUUAUCUCUACAUUUGGACCAGUGUCAAAAGUCAAAUUUCUAUAGAAGACAUACACUGCCCAUAGUCAUGAAAUGGUGACGUCUGCUCGUUGUCACUGAUGGCCUAUAUUCAAGUGCCUGUUUCUUUCUUGCUCUGCUUUCUUUCUUUCUUUCUUUCUUUCUUUUUUUUUUUUUUUUUUUUUUUGCUAAUCUUGUUUAGGAAUAUUUUGAGAUUAAUACUCAAAAGUUCUACGUGAUUGGUUUUAAACAUUGGCGUGAAAUUAAUUUCCACUAGCUUAGUUUUAAUGUAUUGAAUCAGAUGUCAUUUUGUGUCAGAUGCCAGAAUACUGGCUCUACCUACCUGUGCAAUGUUUGUGUUCUAAAGACAAGAAUCAGACCACACAUCAGUUACGGGGAUGCCAUGAAUAUCAACGCCUUGAGAAAAACGAUUCGCAUCAGGUAUUGAGUAGAUCCGUUUGUGCAAGUGACGUUUUUUGCUUUAAGAAAACAGUCUUGAAUUUCACAUGCUGCUAUAUCUUCAUGACAUGUUGCCAUUUUAAAGUACUGUUUCGUUUGGAAUUCAUACACAUCACCAUUUCUCCUUGUCAUUUUUCUCAGAUGACCUGUCUGAGAAAGAGAUCUCCUCCUGCAGAGGAGGGUCCUGAGGUUCCUGCCCGCCAUACUAGAAUGACAUAGUAUCAGUUUAAAAAUCUAGACGCACAGAGAACGCACCACUCGACUUUUUUUGUCAUAAGCUAAUCUGUUUUCUUUAAAGUCAAACAUAGGACUUCCUUGCAGCUACAUUUGAAAACGAUAGAGAAGGUUUGAAGCAGUUAGCGCUUCUUCUGCUGACGUAGCCAUGACACCGACUCUCGGGAAGUCGCACUCUCCAUCGAUCCAUCUAAGAAACCCUGUGUAGAUGGGUCGUGGGAUUCGGGAGCCUGAUGCUGUUUCCUUUCGUAUAGUUUCCACACUGCAUGUUUAUUUCAGCACAUUUUGGUAUCGGCAAUUCGAUAUGCUUAAUGGUGGCAAAAUCCUAGCUCUCUUUUGGGACUUUUUACAGAACUGCCCUUGUAUUCGGUAGCAUAGGAAACAUUCUUGUGAUGGUGUCACGGUCUCCUAAUAUUUAUCUCAAUACUUUUUAUAAUUCUAUGAAAUUAUUUAAUUAUUUUAAAACUUAUACUUUUCUUGUAAAUAUGUCACAUCUGGAUUGUCAGAUAUUCCUUUGAAUACCUUGACAUUUGCUGCAUUUUCCCCUGUACGUAUACGACACACAACUCUUUCCAAAUGGGAGUAUCUGUGUGCUUCCCAAUGUUUACGUCUGUUAUCUUUAUAUGUCCAACUGGUUGAACACUGUAAUGACUCAAAAAUAAACUGUUCAAAAUUAA